AUGUCUGACGAAAAAGUCUACACAACCGACCACUCCUCCUCCGUCCUCCAAACCCACAGCUGGCGCACCGCCGCCAACUCCGCCGCCUACCUCCUCCCCUACUUCAAACCGGACCUGAAAAUCCUCGACAUCGGCUGCGGCCCAGGCAGUAUCAGCCUCGACUUUGCCAAACUCGUCCCGCAAGGCCACGUCACUGGGAUUGAGAACGUGCCGGAUCCGCUCGCCGAGGCACGCGCCCUUGCGUCCACACAGGGACUCACAAACAUCGACUUUCAAGUCGGGGACAUCCACUCCCUCGAGUUCCCAGAUGACAGCUUCGACAUCGUCCACGUGCAUCAGGUGCUGCAGCAUAUCGCCGACCCCGUGCGCGCAUUGCAAGAAAUGCGCCGCGUCGCCAAGUCGGACGGCGGGAUCGUCGCCGCCAGGGAGUCGGCGGCGAUGACGUGGUAUCCAGAUAAUGCGGGGAUCGCGGGGUGGAAGGAGGUGACGGAGCGGAUGGCGAGAGCGAAGGGAGGGAACCCGCAUCCCGGGCGAUACAUCCAUGUCUGGGCGGAGGCGGCCGGGUUUGCGAAUGAGCGGAUCGGCAAAACGGCCGGGGCGUGGUGCUUUAGUAGUCCCGAGGAACGGGCGUACUGGGGCGGAUCGAUGGAGGCACGGAUGCGCUCUAGCGGGUUUACAAAGACGGCGGUGGAGGAGGGGUUCGCGACGGGGGAGGAGCUGGGGGGGAUUGCGGAUGGGUGGAGGAGGUUUGUGGAGGAUGACGAUGCGUGGUUUGGGCUGCUUCAUGGGGAGAUUGUAUGUCGGAAGUGA